AUGGCUACGCGGCGCCGCGCAAGGUUCAAGGCUGUGUCCUGGUUACUGCAGGUUGCCAGUUUCGACAGUGGGGCAGAUAGAUCACGUUGGAUACAAGUCGGGCCCCCCUAUCGCGAAUGUAACUUGACCUCGUGCCUGACGCUAGGCCGCAAUCGGGAUGCGGCUUCCCUGCGGGCCAAGACCGACUACGAUAGGCUCAACCGGCCCCGAAUUUUUUGCUGCAGAGGGACGGCCCACGGCGGCUCCGAUUGCGGUGACCAGGAAGAAGAACGCUGGGAGCGUGUGAUCACGAAGACGGAUGAGAGACAGAGCAAAGCGAUCAAAGACGCGCCUGCUUCAUCCGUAUAUGGUGGUUGCCCCGCGGCCAUGUGCGCCGGCGCCUCCCAGCCAAACCCUGAGCAAAAAUCAGCUUACCUACAAAUGUUCAAGCGAGCGGGAAAUUGGCGCCGUUGA